AAAAAAAAGAAAAAAAAAACCCGCAGAGUUGAGGGGAAAGUACCGAAAGCUCUGUUCUUCAAAUUGCGAUUUCACUGUUUCCACUGGACUGAAGAACUUCCAUGAAAAAUGGUUCCGAUUGAUCCAACAACCUCUUAAAUGGGUGACCAAAAAGAUACGAUUCAUGGCUAUGUCGGAGAAGCUCCGGUUGUUACGAUCGAUCUGUGACUGUGAAGAAGACAGAGUAUCAGAAGGAGGAUAAACAAAUUCAUGCACGUUGAACUGUUCGGAGUUGCUGAUAUCCGACGAGAAAUUGGUCAUAAGGGCGAAGGUUUAUUUAGUUACUCAAUCAACUCUGCUCUGAUUAUGUACGCUACGCUCUGAUUCAGGACUGAAUUGAGGCGGAGGAGACAGCGCCUGCGCCGGAGCAGUUAGUUAUGGAUGAUAGCGAGAAGUUUGAGAAGAGGAUAAGGGGCUAUGUUGAGCAAGUUCGCUUGUAUGAGGAUCCAAGUUACCAAGAAUCUGCUAGGAAAACAGUUCCUGUGGAAGAGCUUCAAGAGAAAGCGCUACUCUCUCUGGCCAAGGAGGGAAAGCACGGACCAUCCAAACUGGAACAAGACCAUGCUUUCUUGUUGCAGCUUCUUUUCUGGUUCAAACAAUCAUUCAGAUGGGUUCAUGCACCUCCUUGUGAACAUUGUGGAAAUGUGACAACACUUCAAGAGAAGGGUGUUUCACUUCCUUCAGAACUUCAGUUUGGUGCUUCCCGAGUUGAACUCUAUUGCUGUACUUCAUGUCAAAAGGUUACUCGUUUCCCACGCUUCAACAAUCCAAUAAAGCUUAUUGAAACAAGGAGGGGACGCUGUGGAGAAUGGGCCAAUUGUUUUACAUUUUACUGUCGUGCUUUUGGAUAUGAAUCUCGACUGAUUCUUGAUCUUACAGAUCAUGUUUGGACCGAAUGCUUCUCUCAUCUUUUAGGGAGAUGGAUGCAUCUAGAUCCCUGUGAAGCAGUAUAUGAUCAACCAUUGUUGUAUGAAAAGGGGUGGAAUAAGAAAUUAAAUUAUGUUAUUGCAAUUUCUAUAGACGGAGUUCGUGACGUCACUAAACACUACACGAGGAAAUGGAAUGAGGUUUUAUCUCGUAGAAAUAUCACUACAGAGGAGAUCUUAUCAAAUAUGCUUGCAGAAAUAACAAGACAAUGCCGGUCGGCCUUUACAUCUGAAUUACUGUCUGAACUUGAAGAUCGUGAUAAAGAAGAAAAGCAAGCAAGGGAGAUAGACACUCAUUCUAUGGACGAUUCUUCAGUUUCAUUACCUGGAAGACAAAGUGGAGACAAGGAGUGGCGCAAAUCAAGAUUGGAAACUGGUUCUGAUGAGGAGGGCUCUUUCAGUUGUUCUGCAUGUCCUGUUCGUAAAUGUGUAGAUAAGCAUGUGACACGGAUUUAUAGUGCACUUCAUUCUAUUCUAUCUCAACUUCUCGAUAAAGAAUUUUCUGGUUCCACAGCUAUUGAAGUACUGGUAUUUAUUCAAGGGAUUGUAACUACUCUCAAGAAAUCUGCCUUUAGGACAAGAAGGGCAUUGGUCGAUUCAGACGCAAUUGGGAUGAAACCCCUUUUGCAACGGUUGUUUCCUUCCUUGAAGGAUUUUCUUGGUGCUAUGUCAUUAGAUUGCAGUCUAGACACUGAUGGGAGGGUUGACAUUUGGUUGGCCAGUGAGCCUAUUUAUACCUCUUUAGCAUUGCCUGUUGUGCUAGAUGCUCUUGAAGAAAUAAUACAAGAUAUAAAAAAAUGUGAUACUUUUGGUAGAGCUUUUUUAUGUCUUCCUCGUCUUAAGUUAAACAGAAUACAUUCUGGCUCAGUCCUUGCAAGUGGCGAGGAACUUCCUUUUGGAAUAGCAACGUCAGCAUUUGAUGGGAUUCGUUUAUCAAAAUGGGAAGAGCCAAGUGGUGCAAGAGGUUGUUGGAUCAUGUACAAGGUAUUAGACAACCGGAUGGAAGAACUCGUUGCCUAUGAGUUGAUGUCAGCUAAUGAUGCACCUGAAAGGGAUCCAAUGGAUUGGAUUGUUGAAGGUAGUGAAGAUGGGGGAACCAGUUGGCAUCUUCUCGAUGAACAGACAAAUCAGAUGUUCGAAAACCGUUUUCAACGUCGGAGUUUCUUUAUUACUGAAACCGGUCACUUAUCAAAUGCUUUCAGGUUUAGAUUCUUGACGGUUUGUGAUAUCAAGGCGACGUCAAAGUUGCAAAUUGGUAGCAUUGAUUUGUAUGCUUGAAGUUAUUAGCUCAGUAGACUGAACCUGGCAUCAAUAUUGUGAGUUCUCUUCAUGGUGGUAUACUAGACAGCAUGAAAUGAAGGUCACAUGAUUUACUUGUGUGGAAUGUUUUUAUUGCAGUAUCUUUAACUUCACGACCCCGAUAGAACCGCAUUCGUCAUCGAAAUGAUUUUGAAGGGUUGCUGAGUGUAAAACAGAUAUUCAAAAUCCCUUGGUAUAACUUAAGUAAUUUAUUUCUAAGGGAUGAAUGUAACUAGAUGUGAAUGAUCCUAUUCCGACUUUGGAACAAAAAUGGGAGAAAUUGAAUGUGGAUUGAUCGUAUUAUUUUUGUUUUUGUAUUUUAAGUUAAGCUUAUGAAAGCAACUAUUUACAUCUCAA